UGUUUGUUCUUGCGACCUGAACGCGCGACGCGUAACGUUUUUAAAUAUAUUAAUUUAAAAAAAAAAUAAAACGUUGAGUGACGUCACCGAAGUUUUAAAUAUCGAAGAGACAUCGUGAAACGUUUCAGUGUGUUGUGCUUAUCAUUGUGGAGUGGUAGCCGUGACGUUUUAUAACCAUGAAGCCACUACACACAGUGGUGGCAAUAUGCCUCCUCAUAACAGUCACUGCCCUCCCAGAGAACAUCGAGGAUGUAAAAGAACUGCCACAGAGUAAAGAACCCAUAGUGGAAGCAGAAGAAAGCGAAACGAGUCCGAGGAAAGAGCGGUGCAGCUCUUGCGCCACCAAAUUCAACGUUAAAUCCCCAAAUGAUGUUCUCGCAGCCAUUCAAGCGCUUCCAGGCGCUGAAGUACACACUCAACAGUCAUUUGAAGGCUGUUCCAGCGAUAAAGGCUGCGCUGGAAUUAAAGUCAAAGAUGGCAGAGUCAUUGAAAGGUUUGGAAACGUAGAUGCCUUCCGUGCGGCCGCUGCGGCGGAUACAGCCAACGAAUUCAACUUCCACGCAGCAGGUACCUUCGGAAAUAACGUAUUCGAAGGCGGUCUACCUGGCAACGGCCCGUUCUGGUGGAUGAACCAAGAUUCGCCUUUCAAGAGCGGCGACAGCGGUGGAAACUUUGAAAAGUUCAGCAAGUCUAGCUCUAGUUCCUUUUCGAGCAGCGGAAGCACCGGUGCUGGUGGAAUAGAUAUAUCAGCAAAUCCCUUCUUAAACGGAGGUUUUGUAGCGGGAGCUGCUGGUGGAGCUCAAGGCGGCAAACCAGCUAGUGCAUUCGAAUCAUCAUCCUUUGAAUCAUCUUCUUUCAGCAGCAAAGGAAACAUUGAUUUAUCAAAAAAUCCAUUCUUAAAUGGUGGCGUAAAACUCGGACAGGGUGGUUUUCAAGCUCAAGGUGGAUUCGGGUCUUCGCAAGGAUCUAGUCAAUUUGGUUCCCAAUCUAGUGGUUUUGGUGCAACUGGUCAAAGCGCUAGUUUUGGAGCCGGAUCUCAAAGUGCAGGAUUUGGAGCCGGAUCUCAAACUACAGGAUUUGGAGCCGGAUCCCAAACUGCAGGAUUUGGAGCUGGAUCUCAAACUGCCGGAUUCGGAGCUGGAUCUCAAAGUUCAGGAUCUGCUACUGGAUCUCAGAGUGGUUAUGGUGCAAGCUCUCAGGGUUCAGGAUUAAACGCUCAAGGCGCCUUCAAUUCAGGUUCUCAAAGUGGAUCUUCAUUCCAAAGCUCAAGCUCUGGCUUCCAGAGCUUUGGUGCUGGGCAAACCACAGGUUCCAGCCAAGGCGCGUCCAGCCAGGGUGGAUAUAACAGUGGUUCUUUCUCUGGUAACAAAUUCGCUGGCAGCGGCUUUGUAGGGUCCUCUCCUAGGCCCUUCACCGCCUCCACUCCCGGUGCAGGAAUUAACCUCAUCCAAAAUACCCAGAAGACUAGUGAAUUCGACUACAGCCAAAGCGUUAACAUCGAUGAGAGCUCGAGAGGAACCACCGGAGUCAGCUCGGGCGGUGCUUUGCAGCAGACCUGUUCAGGACAAGGAUAUGUGUGUGUCCACAAAGCCCAGUGCAACAAUGGUGUUGUGAACUCAAAUGGUGCCGCAGUGCUGCAAGCCAAUUCACAGAAACAGUACUGCGACGUACGGACUGAAAUCUGCUGCAGAUUAGAGACUGCUUCAUUACCAGGCACUGUCGGACUCCAGGGUUCCCUCGGUGUAGGCUCAGCCACCACCACGGGCUCCUAUCAAGGAUCUAACUUGUUUGCCACUGGACAAAACUCAGGCCAAAGCCAGUCAAACGCUUUCGGCUCGAGCCAAUCCAAUUUCGGCAGCACAGGCCAAUUCAACUCUGGCACGACUUCCUCUUUCGGAUCGAACUCAGGCGUGAAAGGAGGCGUCACCGCCUCAGGAUUCGGAACAGGCGGCUUCGGUUUCUCGACAGCAGCACCGACAACAACGAACCGCUUCAACAACGAAGUAUACAAAUCGACCAGCCAAUCGAACUUCAUCGAGACUGACUCGUUCUCGUCAGGCAGCGAGAGCGCGGGUGUUUAUAGGCCUGGUGCGAGCGGCUCUGGCCUGAAGCCAGGCAUCCCUUACUUGCCUCCCAUAGAUAGUAAAAAUCAACCAACUAACCUGUACCCCUCGACAGUCUUUACAAGCACGACUACUCCUCGACCAGUGACCACUGCCAGGCCUACAUACUUGCCCCCUACACCACCACGAACACCUUCCACCUCAGCCCCUACAUACCUCCCACCGGAUCAACAUAAAGAAGGGUCGAUCAUUUUGGACAGCUUCCAGCAAACCACACGCGCACCGCAAAUACCGAUCAACGACAUUUCGACCGCCUGCGCAGCUGCCCUCAAGUGCACUGCAGUUGAGUACUGUACAGCUGACGGCGUUAUAUCCACCACGCCCGUUAUCCUCACCAAGGAGCAGGACGCAUUCAGAGUGCCACUAACGGAUUGCCGGGAUCUGGGCACUGGUGUCAUUGGAAAAUGCUGUAGAGACCCCAACUACACCGACCCAUGGCCCACAAACCUGUUGGGACAAUGGAACGAUACAUUCUUCGGGAAUAAUGGCAAAUACGUGCCAGACAACAGAGGCAGCCCUAACAACAACCCCCCCGUGUACAGAGAAAAGGUGACACCCAGUCCGUUUGGACCAAACCAAAUCACCCCAGGCUUCCCAACUAGGACCACGACAACUGGCAGUGGCCUCCAAAUUUCCCAGGGUGGUGGCGGCUCUUUCAACGUCGGCGGUCGCGGACAGUACGAAGCGGGAGCUAGUGGACAAACCUCUCUUUCUGGACAACGUGAAGAUUCCCAAGUAACUCAAACCACACAGCAAUUCCAAACGGCAAACUUCAAUCGCAACAACCAAGGUCAAGCGGUCGUCAUCGGUCAAGGUCAAGGCGCGUACACGGGAGAAGGUCAAGGAGUGAGACAAGGACAGGGCUCGUACCAAACAAACAAACAAUACACUGUUGGUUCGAUUCAAGCGGACGCUGUCAGAACCCAAAAUAAUUUCGGCCAAGCUGCUGUCAGUGGGCAGGCAGGCACUGGAAUUAGACAAGGGGUUGGGACUGGAGUCAGCCAAGGAUUUGGGGUUGGAGUCACCCAAGGAAUUGGGGCUGGAGUUAAACAAGGAUCUAGAUUCGGAGUGACCCAAGGAACUAGUAGCUCCGAAAUCAGCCAAACUGUUGGAGUUGCCCAAGGUGGCAGCGUCAGCCAAGGUUCUGGGGCCAGUCAAGGAUUUGGUAGUGCUGUUAGCCAAGGAGUUGGGACUGGAGUUAGCCAAGGCUUUGGAACUGGAGUCAGACAAGGGGUUGGGUCUUAUGGCAUAUCGCGAACAGGGUCCACGGUCGAGCAGCAAUACUCUGAAGUCAUAUACAGGGUGUUCCUGCAACAAUACAGCGGUAGCGGACAAUGUGGCGUGCUGAAUAGUCAAACACCGUACGGAAACCGCAACGAACUCGAGGUGGACUUCUCUGAAAUCCCAUGGCAAGCGAUGGUGCUGCUACAGACAAACAAGAGCUUACUCUGCGGUGGAGUGAUCACCAGGCCUGAUGUGGUUCUCACGUCGGCUGCUUGCGUUGAUGGACUGGACGCCAAGAACGUCUUAAUCAAGGGUGGUGAAUGGAAAUUGGGCAUUGAUGAUGAACCUCUGCCUUUCCAAAUCGUGCAAGUGAAACAUAUCCUCCGCCACCCAUUCUACAACCGCGGUAGCCUCCAGUACGACGCUGCUAUCCUGGUACUCUCGGAGAACCUAAGAUUGGCCAACAACAUCCUCCCGAUUUGCCUGCCAGGACCUGACGAUACUCUGGACGCGUUCUACAAUGGAGCCGGAGAAUGUAUUGUAACUGGAUGGGGCAAGCAGGUACUUCAAGCUCACCUCUCCGGCAGCAUAUUGCACAGCGUGAACGUCUCCCUCAUCAACCCCGGCGAAUGCCAGGCCAAGCUCUCCCAGGACUAUCCCCACCUACUCGAGCAGUAUGACCAGGACAGCUGCGUCUGCGGGCAGCCCACUAACCCGACGAACAACAUUUGCAAGGUCGACAUCGGCAGUGCCCUCGCAUGCACAACGAGUGGGUACUACGUUCUCAGAGGCGUGUACUCCUGGGAUUCAGGCUGCCAACCUGGUAACCAAGUGGCCGGUUUCUACAAAUUUGACCUCGAAUGGUACCAAUGGGCUAUUGGCCUAAUCGAAAGCGCCAGAUUCGCCCAAUUCUCUGGUAAUACACAAUCUGGCGGCAGGUUCUCAGGCCAAAUCAGUUCUGGUGGCAGCAGCAGCAGCAGAGGAAACCAGUUCGUCGGUGGAAUCAAGAUCGGAGGUGGCAUCGGCGCUAGUGGCCAAUUCGGGCAAAACAAAUUCUCCAGUGUUCAAUCUCAGAUCACAGGAAACAGGAUCGCGGGAGAAGCCGUCGGCACAGGAUCCUUCCAGAAUCAAUUCCAAACUGGUCAAAGUAAAAUCCAAGGUGGCCAAUCUCAGUUCCUAGGUGGUUCAAAUCAGCUGCAAGGCAGCCAAGGCACGUUCCAAAGUGGGCAAACCGGAUUCCAAGCUCAGUUGCCGUUAGGGCAAAAUCAAUUCACAAGCUCCGUGGGACAAUUUGGAUCCAGCAAGUACCAAUCUGGAAGCAGCUCUUCUGGUGCUACCGUCCAAAGUUCAGCGCCAGUAUCCAACACGUUCACAGCGACGUAUACAGAGAAAAAGAUCUUCCAGUCGGAACCUAAAAUAGUUACUUACACAACUAAGCCCGAAAUCGUUACAUUCACGACUAAACCCGAAUACUUCACUUACACAACUCAGCCCAAAGUAUUCAGUUACACGACUAAGCCCCAAGUGAUCACUUACGAGACGUCGGGAAGCGGCACGAAUCCCCAAUACGCGGCGCCGAAUGUGUCCUUUAAUCCAACAUUUACAGACGCGGUAAAGGGCCACGCCCAUAGUGCUCAAUGCAAAUGCUUACAGAACGGCAAAAAGUGAGCUUAAUUUUACUAAUCGUUUUAAAAUUGGUUACAAAAAUUAUGGGGUUAAUCGUGCCAUAAAAAAAAUUUUUUUUUGUAAUACAUUUAUGAUAAUAUCAUUAUUAGAAAUUCAAAUAUUUAAUUAAUUAAAGUACAAAAAUGAAGCCAGUUCCUAAAUGGUAACCGUAAAUUAUUUCUGGCCAAUAUUUCCGUAACUGAACGAUUGACGGUGUAAUAAUGUGAAAUAUACAUUAAAAAAAAAAACUAUUUAUGAAUAUAAAAGAAAAUCUGUAAAUAGGUAGGCUUUUAUUAUUUCAUUUUCUUACCACGACUCUAGUGAAUUCAUUUUUACAAUUACAAUUUUAUUUGUGUAUUUAUAUUAUUUAGAUUUGACAACUGCCAUCUUAGUUUUUUGUCAUCAAUGUUCGCUUUCGCUUUGUUAAAUUUUUAUUUACGAAAUUAAAAUUGUUAAAUAUAGGUAAAAAUAAGGUUAAAUGUGGAAUUCAAACUAAAAAUUAGAUUUUUGACCAUAUUGGGUGUUUUGACCAAAAUGGUCGACUUUCUAAUUCGAUCGGUUUUUUUAGUUGUAUAAAAAUAAUAAUAAGUUUUAUAUAUUAAAUAUAUAAAAAAUUUGUCGUACGCAAAAGUAUUUAGUCAAUGUAUUUACACUGAUUAUUAUACAUAAUUUGUUACAAUUAGUAUUAAAUAAUUGAAAUAAAAUGGAGAUAUUUUACAAAUAUA